AUGGAGGUUGUGAGCCCAAAAGAUUGCUCUCUAGCUUCAAGUCCUUACUCUUCACCUAACAUUGGGGCCUUGCUCAAGAUUAAGGUUAUUACAUGGAGCCAACAUACUGGUUUUCCUGUUUCUGUCCAUGUUCGAGUUAAAGAUAAGAUGUUUAACCUCCACAAAUUUCCUCUGACUUCAAAGAGUGGAUACUUCAACAAGAGGCUAAAUGAUACAUCUGAGAUUGAAUUGCCAGAAACUUUCCCUGGAGGACCAGAAACCUUUGAGAUGAUUGCCUUGUUUAUUUAUGGAUCCUCCACAUUGAUUGACCCUUUUAAUGUUGCAGCCCUUAGGUGUGCAGCAGAAUUUCUAGAAAUGACUGAAGAUUACUGUUCAGGGAACCUUUGUGAAAGGUUUGAUCUUUAUCUGAAUCAAGUUGUCUUGCAAAGUUGGGAUGACACCCUUAUUGCACUUCAAAGGUGUCAGAUGCUGAUUCCUUGGUCUGAAGAUUUGCUAAUAGUAAGUCGCUGCAUUGAGUCUCUUGCCUUCAUGGCAUGCAUGGAGAUCCUUGACCCUGAAAGAAGGAGAGAUACACCAGUUGUUACAUUGGAAGAAUUAGCUUCCCAAGCUUGGAGCUGUGAGAUAAUGAAGGAUGUUGUGAGUCAAGACCUGUGGAUGAAGGAUCUGAUUGCUCUACCGUUUGAAUUUUUCAAAAGGGUCAUAGGAUCUUUGAGAAGACAAGGAAUGAAAGAAAAGUAUGUGAGUCCAAUCAUUGUUUUCUAUGCAAAUAAAUGGGUGCUAUCUAAAAAGACAUUCCAUUUUAGGGAGAGCUCCUGGGAGAAGAUUGAGGAAGAUGACAUGAAUGGCAAAGCUUCAGUAAUUCUACAAGGUGUUAUUGAUCUUCUUCCAAGGGGUGAUAAGGCUAGGAAAGUGCUUCCAGUUGGGUUUUAUUUUGCCUUGCUCUCAAGAUCUCUUGAGUUUGGGUUGAGAACUAACAGUAAAGCCAAGUUACAAGACCAGAUUACAUCACUUUUGCACUUUGCCCAAGUGGAGGAUUUUCUUCUUCCAGAAAGUGGAACAGUGUCAAUGUCCUCUAGCAUGGAGUUGGCAACUAUGGAAAGCAUAAUUUCAGCAUAUGUAGCAUUAAACCAUACCCAAGAAGCUAGCAAUUACAGGGUUGCGGAAUUGUGGGAUGCAUAUCUAUCCAAUGCAGCUGCAGAUCCAGAUAUGGGACCUAAGAGAUUCAUGGAACUCAUUGAGAGAGUACCAUCAUCUUAUAGACAGAAUCAUUACCCACUAUACAGAGCAAUCAACAACUUUCUCAAGACACAUCCGGUUAUAUCCCAAGAUGAUAAGGGAGAAGUGUGCAAGUAUCUUGAUUGUCAAAGGUUAUCACAAGAGGCAUGCAUUGAAGCUGUUCAAAACGAACUAAUGCCUCUACGUCUAAUUGUCCAAGCACUUUUUGUUCAACAACUCAAUACACACAAGGCCUUCAAAGAAUGUUCAGAUUCAUUUAGAUAUGCACAUUGUGGAGACUUAUCAGGAAGCCUAUCAAGCUCUAGGUGUCCUUAUUCUGCAAGUCAGAAUCUAGGAGAGAGCCCUUACACUGAUGGACCUGAGCUUGGUAGCAGGCCCUUGAGCUUCUUGCUGCAGAAAGACAUUGGGAUGCAGAAUUUCAAGUUCUCAACAACAGAAUAUGAGUCAACAAGCUUCAGAAUUCAAAAUCUUGAACAAGAAAUCAUGUCCUUGAAAAGAAGCCUUCAAUUGGAAAACAUUGUAACAAAAGCAGAACCAAAAUUGAUCAAAACACAGAAGAUGGAGCCAUGUGACAUAGAAACUAAAUCACUAAGCAAAAGGAGGAACCCAAUUGGACAAGCAACUAGUUGCAUCAGUUCUGUAAAUUUUGCUUCACAAAGAAAGUAUGCUAGCCGGCUACUGAAGAUCUUUCGCCGCAUAGCUUUGUUUGGAAGUAGAAAACCAAAGAGAAAACCGGGAACUCCUAGCAUAUUGUCCAAGUCAAUGUAG